AUGGUCCAAAAGCUCAUUUUUGGUUCCCAUGGCAACACCAUUGAGCAGGACGACGACGACUUCGUUCCCUCAUAUCUCAGCAAUGACUACGGUGACUAUGACGACGUAGAACGCACGCCUUCGUCAAGGAACACCAUGAACAUGACGCCCUCCAAGAAAUCCGACCCUAAGCUUCCUUCUGAAAACCGUACGCCCACCAAGGCUGUCUUGAACUGGGAGAACCUGGAAGGUGCUCCUAGGGAGAUCAAGGCCCUUCCUUAUCGCACUGCACAUCGUCCGGCCAAGCGUGAGCUGAUCCGUUGGAACGAUGAUAUGUUCAACCAGGCCUUAUUGGCGUUUUGGUGGGUCAUUGAGGCCCAGGGCGGCCAAGUUCCCUGGGACAGGAUCGCGUCCCUAAUGAACCCGAGCGCAACUGGCGAUGGUUUGAAGCAGUCCAUGACGAAGCUUUGGGCCCGUCGCACCGAGGCCGGGCUUCACGUCCCCCCUCAGCGUCCGGGAAAGGACAAGUCUGUGGCCACUGCACAGAGCGAACUGAACCAGUUCCUAGCCUUGGCCAAGCAGCGUGAUUCGGUGACGUCAGCGGAUCCUUUCAUGCAGCGCCAGGACUUGGCAAUGCCGACAAGCACCUUCAACCUCGAUGAGGUUGAGGCUUCUUCCACGAUCGACGGAGAAGUCGUCGACGACAACGAACAGUCGCAUGCGCAGGCUCGCGUCAACAACAACAACAACUCCGGACAUGAUCAGAAUCAGCCGCGUCGAUCUGCUGAGCCAACUUUGAUUGUUCGUCUCAACAUCAACAAAUCUAAACUGGCAAAGCUCGCGCGUGUUGACCGUGAUGAACAGAGAAUCGGUCAUGUCCAGAGCAACAAGAUCCAAGUCUGGUCCGCUGCCGGCACCCAUCUUCAGCCCCUUUCGGCGUUGCUUGUCAAUCCUUCGCCCAGCAACAAAUCUAAUUCCGGCAACCACGAUCUCUUCUUCCCAUUGAACUCUGACGACACCCUGCCGUCUCCGUCUAGCUUGCGUCGUCAACCUGUUCCUACUCAGGAGCAGUUUGGAGCUCCCAUGGUUGGGCUGAAGAGGCCCAUGAGCCAGAUCUCAUCUUUCUCCGAUGGCCCUGCUGCCAGGAGACCCAGGAACGCACCAAGUCCUUCAAUUUCCCUGGUCAACAACUCUCAUAUGCAGACAUGGCCAAGAAAUCCAAGCCCGCUGUCACAAUACGGGUCUUCAGCCAACACCUAUCAGCAGAUGCAAACAUUCAACCAUCCUGCAUAUCAGAUGGCUGCCCAGAUGCAUGCUCAGCAGAUGUCUAACCAGCCCCCCCAUCAGAUGUCUAACCAGACUCCCCAUCAGAUGUCCGACCGCACGGCUGAUGUAGACAUGAAGGACACUCCCUUCAACACUGUUAUUAAUGCUACCACUGCAGGCACGACCACGAGAACCAUGGACUUUGGGUUCCCUCUUCCCCCCUCGAACCAGCAGUACACGUUUGGUAACAACUUGUUCACCGGACCGGGUAGCUACGUCAACGGUCUUGGUUUCCAUCAGGGAUUUGGCAACAACGCCCGCCUCGACGAGCGUGAGCUUAGAAGCCUCCCCACUGACCACACUUCCGACCAUAUCGAUCCAACUGUCACCUUCAGUGGUGAGAUGCUCUCGGGUGGCUUCACCAACCACUCUGACCCGAUGCACUAUGUUGGUCGUCCGGACAACGAGCUCAACUUGGAUGACGAUCCAUACGAAGCUCUGCGGAAGCACCGUGAGCACGUGAGGCGCACCUACGACGAGUAGCUCACUACAGGACGACAACCGUCUCGAUUCUGUCACUUUGCUUGCUUUGCACUUACUUCAGUUGAUGUUAGUCUCUCACCGGGAUAUGCGUACAUCAAGCCAGCGAUAAAAGGUUCACUUCUUUGCUUUAUUUUGCUUUCAAGACUCACUCCGGCCCAUGCAUGCAUGGCUUCACAUGGCAUGGCAGCGGUCCGGACUUCUGCGUAGUAGCUUCUGCUAAUGGCUUUAUACUGACGGGUUAUGAUAACGGGCUUUCUACUUACUUUGCUACUGGCUUUCUUUCCUCACUUGCCCUAAACAGACUACUUCUUUCAGCUUUAGGAAAAAAUCAAAGCGCUUCGGCC